UGCGCAAUAGAGCCCUGGGGCCAUGCGGCCUCAUUGGCCCGGGGCCGUGACGUCACGCCUGAGUCCCGCCCGCAGACCCUGCGGAGGGAGUCUUCUGGGUCCGGUGGGUUCCAGGCGUGUCACACCAGCAGCCUGCCCUGCCAUGUACUGGGGGGAGAGGGAGGGAAGGGAGGGUGUCUGGGAUCCAAGGGGAGGAGGAAGUUCCGCCUGAAAUGCUGCGGGGACUCCUUGAGUGUGAUUCGGGGAAAACUUCCCAGCAGGGGGCGGCAACACCCUGCUUGCCCGGGUUCUGGCCCCUGGUGUCCCCUGCUCCCUGUGAAGAAUGAACAGGUGUGUGAUCAGUGGGUCACUGAUCACCAGCCUGGAGGAAGGAGGACCCUUUGUUCCCACCUCACUCUGCAUUUGGAGACUUGCUAUCCACCAGUGACAUGCCUCCCCCAUGCCGGGACCACCAGCUCAUGAAUCCACCAACCCAGCUCUCAUACAUCCUCCCGGUGUUCCUCUGGGCUCUGAACCUCAGUGUCCCCAUGUACAGUGUGGGAACAGCAGGACCUGUCCUGCAGGGGUAGGAGGCUCAGAAAGACAAUCUCAGCUUGUGGAACCAAAAAACAAAAAGCCUAGUUUCCAAGCAUUUUUAUGUUUGAGAGGCCAGGAUUUUGAUGUCAGGUAAGCGGAGUUCAGAUCCUGGCUCAGGUACACAAUAGCUUUGGCAAAUUGUUUUACCUCUGCUUAACCAUCUUUGAAAUGGGAAUGAUGACAGUCCUUCAGAGAAGACCACUGGGGAUCUAACUGAGAGGAGUGUGCCUCUUUGAAGGAGGAUGCUUCCUGCCUCCACCCGUAGGGCACAUUCUCCUCUCUGCAGACCUAGCGCCUUUAGAUACAGGGAGACAAUGUUAGGCUAGACUUCGGCUAGACUUGGGGAAGAACUGGCACCAUGAGAGGGUGAGCCAGUGGCUGUACCAGUGAGCAACAGGUGGGCAGGGUGGACUGGACUGGGCCCAGGGUCACAGGUGUCAGACAGCCUGCUUGGGCAUCUGAGGGAAGACCUCCCAAUCUGGCAGGAAGAAACAGAUGCCGUCCCCCCAGGUGCAUGCUGAAUCCAGUUUCUAUGUGAUAAAGAUCACUGGCGUCUGCAGCCUCUGGCCCACAGCAGCACACACACACUGCCUGCCCUGGACCCCUAGUAGGCUGCCAGGCACCCCACCUGGCUAGAGGCAGCCCUGUGGUGGCCUCCUCACCCUCAAAGCUGAGCUGUCCCAGGUUCUGGUUGGGGUGACUCUGCAUCUGCCUGCAGGUCUGAGGCUCACACACACCUCCAAGCUGAGGGUCUUGGCCCUUAAGAGACAGCCUAGCUUGGUGAGCAGGGAGGCCUUUAGAACAGAUAUCUGUGUGGCAGGCAUUUAUUGAGCACUUACUGUAUGCCCGGCCCCAUUCUAAGCACUACCCCUGGCAUAACUUACUGGCUACCCACACGCUUACAGAUGAGGAAACUGAGGCCCCGCUGAGUCACGUAACUGGCUGGGGGUUAGCGAUGGAGUCUAACAGCUCUUUAUCCGACACCAGUAGUCUCUGCAUGCUGAGCUCAAGGAGGUUUGCUGGACACCGGAAUGGCUGGUGGAGGGUCCAGUGGGGCCACCUCACCCCCACUGUGGGUCUGAGGUUGGGAGGGGGAGCCACUCUGUAAGCAGAAACCCACGUUUGGGAAGGAAGUUCCCUGGCCCUAGAAGUCCCCCACCCUCCCUAAAAGGCCCUUUUGGGCACUGGUGUGGUAAAGAAUAGACUCUUCCUCUGGGUUAGGGGUCUGGGCCGGCCCACGGGAGGGGCACAGAGAUGGAAGAGACACAUCCUCAGAGGUCCUUUGGUGUCCACGGGGGUCAGGCCACAGGCCAAAGGAACUCUAGACAAGACAAGCAGGGGUGCCUGGCAGCAGGCCCCUGGGGGAUCAGUGGCUGUGUGUGGUACACUAGAUGUGCCCGUGUGUUGAGGGCAAGAGAAUUGCAACCAGUGAGUUGAAACAGGCUGGUGGGUGAGAAGGGCCAGUGUAGGCCAGAUACACAGCAGGUCUGCACUUAGCCUUAUACUUCUCUGCACUGCCUGCUCCAGGCUGAGGCCAGAGGGCCUACUGUGGAUGGCUUCCCAUCAGAGGGACCAGCCAGUGCUCUGCACAGGGAGGUGCUUCGCUGGGAAGGAGGACUCACUGUCUGGCCCACUGGCAGAUAGAGCAGCCCCCCAACAUGCACCUCCUGCCUAGCAUCCUGUGCCCCUGGUUCAUAGCCACAGGCUGUCCUGGGGGUGAGUUCUGGUCUCUGGGCCAUCUACAGUCCCACACUGCCCAAGGCAUCCAGAGCACCCACUGUGUGUGGGACCUGGCCUGCCACAGGCUUUAGGAUGUGGCAUCUGUCCACCCCAGCCUCCCCUGGAGGAGGCACCAUUGUCCCUGUUUCAGAGGAAGACAUGGAUGCCGGGACUUUUCUGGGCCACACGGUUAGGAUGCUGGAGUUUAGUGUGAAGCCCAGCCGGGGGUAGCACCAGGGCCUGUCUGGGGUGCCCAGCCAGGGAGGCCUGCUGGGGGCUGAGCCGGGUGAAGCAGGCUGUCCCUUUCCAGGGUGAGCAGGAAAGCAGCCAUCAGAUCACCCCUUCUUCACAGAGGAGGUUUAGGGGGCUCAUCCUCCAGGCAUGUGCUCCAAAAUUUCUCCAGAUGAAGUGGGAUAAAGUAAGGUGAGGGGCCCCAGCGUGCACUGGCGGAGCCUUGUUUGGGCCUUAGGGGCGUGUGGGAGGUUUGAUGGUGAGAGGGCUGGUUCUGGGACAGGGCACAGUGCCUAUCUAGGCCCAGCCUGGCUGCUUCGCUGAAGAUGUGGGUGGCCUGGAAGGGAGCCUAGAUGCCAUACCUUGACCAGGAGUGGGUGGAAGUGAGGGAGUGUACACUCAUUGAGCACCUCUGUAUACAUCCCUCGGGAGCUGGGGAUGUAGGCAAGAGGUCCCAGAGAGUGGAGAGGAGGGCAAAGCAGCCCAGCCCAAGCCAGGACCAGGGAAGUAAUGGUGAACUGGGGGACCCCCUCUGUCUCCCACUCCUGGGAGCCCCAAAAGCUCCAAUGCCACAGCCAGGGGAGAGUCACUGAGAGCUCUGUGGCUUCCCCCCACCGCAGAUGCCAAUGGUCCCUGGUGUCCCCGGGCUACCACGUGUGAGGGCUGCUGCUCUGAGCCGAGGCCUGGCUUAAGGAGGAUGUCCCAGCCGCCCGCCAGCUCCCAUCUGCACCAUGAGUGAUGAGCGGCGGCUGCCUGGCAGUGCGGUGGGCUGGCUGGCAUGUGGAGGCCUCUCCCUGCUGGCCAACGCCUGGGGCAUCCUCAGCGUGGGUGCCAAGCAGAAGAAGUGGAAGCCUCUGGAGUUCCUGCUGUGCAUGCUCGCAGCCACCCACAUGCUCAACGUGGCUGUGCCCAUCGCCACCUACGCGGUGGUGCAGCUGCGGCGCCAGCGCCCCGACUACGAAUGGAACGAGGGCCUCUGCAAGGUCUUUGUCUCCACCUUCUACACCCUCACCCUGGCCACCUGCUUCUCUGUCACCUCCCUCUCCUACCACCGCAUGUGGAUGGUCCGCUGGCCCGUCAACUACCGGCUGAGCAAUGCCAAGAAGCAGGCGGUGCACACGGUCAUGGGCAUCUGGAUGGUGUCCUUCAUCCUGUCGGCCCUGCCGGCCGUCGGCUGGCAUGACACAAGCGAGCGCUUCUACACCCACGGCUGCCGCUUCAUCGUGGCUGAGAUUGGCCUGGGCUUCGGCGUCUGCUUCCUGCUGCUGGUGGGCGGCAGUGUGGCCAUGGGCGUGGUCUGCACGGCCAUCGCCCUCUUCCAGACACUGGCUGUGCAGGUGGGGCGCCGAGCUGACCGGCGCGCCUUCACUGUGCCCACCAUCGUGGUGGAGGAUGCACAGGGCAAGCGCCGUUCCUCCAUUGACGGCUCCGAGCCUGCCAAAACCUCGCUGCAGAUCACCGGUCUGGUGGCCACCAUCGUCGUCAUCUAUGACUGCCUCAUGGGCUUCCCCGUGCUGGUGGUGAGCUUCAGCAGUCUUCGGGCAGAUGCCUCGGCACCCUGGAUGGCGCUGUGUGUGCUGUGGUGCUCGGUGACCCAGGCCCUGCUGCUGCCCAUCUUCCUCUGGGCCUGCGACCGCUACCGCGCUGACCUCAAGGCUGUCUGGGAGAAGUGUAUGGCCCUCAUGGCCAACAAUGAGGACUCGGAUGAGGAGACCAGCCUGGAAGGUGGCACUCCCCCAGACCUAGUGUCGGAGCGCUCCCUCGACUACAGCUAUGGGGGUGACUUUGUGGCCCUGGACAGGAUGGCCAAGUAUGAGCACUCUGACCUGGAGGGAGGCCUGCCCCAGUUCUACCCUCUGCGGCCCUUGCAGGAGGACAAGAUGCAGUACCUGCAGGUCCCGCCCACGCGACGUUUCUCCCACGACGACGCGGACGUGUGGGCUGCGGUCCAGUUGCCCGCGUUCCUGCCACGCUGGGGCUCCGGCGAGGACCUGGCCGCCCUGGUGCUGCCCGGCGGGCCCGACCGGCGCCGCGGCAGCCUGCUGGCCUUCGCGGAGGACGCGCCCCCCUUCCGCCCGCGCCGUCGCUCGGCAGAGAGCCUACUGUCGCUUCGCCCCCCGGCUCUGGACGACGGCCCGCGCCGCACCCCCACUUCGCCCCCCGGCAGCCCGCGCCGCCGUGCCGGUCCCGGCGCCCGCUGCGCCUCGGCCUCGCUGCUGCCGGACGCCUUCGCGCUGACGGCCUUCGAGCGGGAGCCGCAGACCCUGCGCCGCCCGCCCGCCCCACCAGGGCCCUUCCCAGCCCGCGCCGCUGCCCCAGACGGCGCGCAGUCCGGCGGGGACGCGGCGCCCCCUAGCGGUGGUGGCGUGCAACGGAGCCCCGGGCCUCACCCGGCCGCGCAUGCGCACGCAGAGACCCUGCGGACCGGCCUGAGUGCGUCGUGGGGCGAGCCCGGGGGCUUGCGCGCAGCGGGCGGCGGCGGCGGCGGCGGCGGCGGCGGCGGCACCAGCAGCUUCUUGAGCUCUCCCUCCGAGUCGUCGGGCUACGUCACACUGCACUCGGACUCGCUGGGCUCGGCGUCCUAGGGCUUGCCUGUUCCUCCCUAGAUCGCCAGGCUGGCCGGACCGCCCGCGGGGCCAAAGCACCAAAGAUGCCACCCUGGCCCGGCCCGUGCCCUGGGCAGGCUGCGCUGAGCCCGCCAAAGGCGCCCAGGAGUGCCAGCCCUCCUAAGGCGACAGGGCAACGGCUCUCUGCCAGCCCUGGGAAGUGGCCGUUGCCUAGAGGGACGACAGCUGCCCUGGACGACCACACUGGGCACGGACCAGCCGCUGGGCAGGGCAUUCCGGAGUAGAGUGAGGCUGGGGCUUGGGGAAAGGCGGGCUCUGCACGGGGCAGCUGGGCUGGGAGUGGGGUGUGGGGAGCCCAGGGACAGGGCUACCACUGGAUGGAACAAAAGCCCAGCCCUGCAGAAGCCACCAGAUUGCACCCACCUUUCCACUCUGCACUGUAGUUGUCACACCUCAGGGGGUGGGGUACGUAGGGUCUCUAAGCACAGGGGUCUUCAGAGCCCCAACCAAGUUCUCUGAGCAGGUCUCCCGGCUGACCUGUUCUGCCUCGGUUUACCCAUCCAUGAUGAGCAGGUGACCAUGUUAACUCUCAGGACUGAACAAGUCUCCUAGUCUGUGUGCCCUAGCCACUGCGUGGACAGGGAAUGAGAGAGAGUCUCGGGCUCUUCAUGGGUCCUUUGUAGGGGCCAGUCUUCAGUGUGUGGCCCCCAAGCCUGAGGCCUCCCACGCUUAGUGUCCCUGGCCCCCUUGGGAACUCUCCCCACCCCCAGCUAAAGCACAACACUCCUGCACCAUCACCGUUGGCACCACACCCACCGUGACCACUAUUAGUGUCCCCACCCUCAUCACUGCCUUCAUUGCCUAUGCCCACCAUGUCAGCCACCUCUGUGACUCCCACCAUGAAGAUCGUGGGUACAUGGUGGAGAGGAUUGAAGCAAAGGGGAAGUGGGCUUCCUUUUCUUGGUGCCCAUCCCCAACCUGUACAGGUCUGGCCAGAAGGGAUCUUGGCUUAGAGGCCUCUCAGAUUCUGAGUUUAGGGCCCAGUACCUGGUGAGCACCUUCCUCCACCCUGGGGCAGGGCUCCUCGUUGCUCUCCAUCCUGGGCAGACCUUUGGCAGGCCUGAGCUUGGCCAUGGGCCUAGGGAGGGCCUGCUGGGUCUUCCAUGGAGAAAACCCUAGAUUCAGGCUAAGGAGAAGCGCAGGAACAGCUGUGACCUUGAGCUGGAUGGACGAGUGAAUGCAAAGGCUGUCGACUGUCUCAUCCUGUUUCCUGCCUCCAUGCAGUGGCCUCUACACAUGGAGACCUGGAAUGGGUUCCAGGGUCGGCAAAGAGCUGGCCUACACCCUCUUCCCUCCUGCUCUGCAAUCUGGAAUUGCAGCACUGCCUCUGUGCCUCAGGUGGCCAAGCCUGGCUCCUCACCUUCCAGACAGUUUCCCAGCUCCAGAGAAGCCUCUGGGAGUGGGGAGGAUGAGGGGGGGGCUGCCCAGCUCUGUCUCAGCUUCAGAGUCCCCUUCAGUCUGGUUGUGGGGUAUCUUGCGGAGGAUGAACUGGCCACAGGGGAGUAAGGCAGGGCUCCAAUCUAGCCUCAGCCGUAGGAGGCCUAUCUCGCCAAUGCUGCUGUGCCUUCAAGGACCGACAUGUCACGUGGGGGCAGAGGUCACCAGUUAGCCACUGCCCCCCCUGCAUCAGGCUGGCCAAUAUGUCACCUUGGGUUUUCACUCUGUAUAUUUCAUAUCCAACGGCAAUACUUGCAGGGAGGCCUGGUCCCCUGAAGUCCCUCCAGUCCUGGUUUUUACAGAAUUAAAAAGGAGGGAGGACUCCAUGUGGGGGACCCUGUAGCCUGGAUCUCCCUCACUUUGUCCAGCCUCCAGGCCUGUUUGCUGUCUUGGUAAGCAGCUUGACCCUGGGUUCAUGGGGGGAGGGAGCUCUGUCUUCAUACCACCACCCAGCCCAGAGCCAGGGAUCCGUUUGUAGUUUUUUUUGUCAACUGAGCAUUUCUCUUCUGUACAGAAUCCAAUAAAAACUUCCUAUGAUUUGCA